AUGGCCAAUGUGGAGCGCCUUCCGCUGGCCAAAUGGGUCAUCUUGGGAAGUCGCACAUGGGACGUGGAUGACCGGGGAUCGUGUGGAACUCAAUUACUGUGGGCUAACGAGGUAGUCAAUACUAUGAAGCCAAUAACUGCCGCCGCCGUCAUUGCAAUUUUGGCAUCUCAGGCCCACGCCUUCAACCAUGUGUGGUAUUGGUGUGGCAAGUCUACUACUACGUGCAAGAAUGAAGGAAAGCCGUGGAACGGAGUUUAUCCGACCUACGACUGCGGACAUAAAUUGAAAUGGGACAACUAUCAACAAGCUUAUGGAAAGUGGUAUCAAAGUACGGAUGAGUGGGACGACUGGGAAAAGAAAGGCGGAUUCAGAGACUGCUGUCAUGCGGCCGGAAAGGGCGCUUGCUACAGUUAUCAAGAGUAG